AAGGGAAUUUUAUUAAAUAGGAAGAGUGUCCCUUCAGGGCUUUCGUAGAAAUUAAGCCCAUAUAGGAAAUAACGUACGUAUUGAUAAAAUGGGUCAUGACAGACAUUCAUCGGGAGGCAGGUAACGAGAUAACGAAACUGAUCUGUCCGACACUUUCCAAACACUGAGAAAAUGUCGAAGCCGCUAGUGUACGUUUCACGUGUUCCCCCGCCCGCGGGGAUGAAGAUGAUCGAGGAGUUCUGCACAGUGCGGGCAAUGAGGGAGGAUCGUUUUGUUACCCGGCAGGAGAUGCUGGAGGGCGUGGUGGGUGUGGAGGGAAUUUUGUGUCACCCCCCUGACAAGGUUGACAAAGAUGUACUGGACGCCGCAGGACCAACUUUAAAAAGUGUGAGUACCAUGUCCGUUGGUCUGGAGCAUAUAGAUCUGGUGGAAUGUAAGACCCGGGGUAUAAGUGUGGGGUACACGCCCGGUGUACUGACAGACGCAACGGCAGAAACGACACUCGCCCUACUUCUGGCCACCUCACGGCGACUCAAAGAGGCGUUUUCUGCCGUUGUUGAUGGUGGUUGGGGUUCCUGGGAAGACGGUUUGUAUUUGUGCGGGAAAACUUUGUUUGAAUCCACAGUUGGGAUUGUCGGAUUAGGGAGAAUCGGAUUGGCUGUUGCUAAGCGAUUGCAGCCAUUUGGCGUCAAGAAAUUUCUGUACAGUGGGAAUACAAAGAAGGAAUAUGACGCGGAAGUCCAGGCUGAAUUUGUGAGCUUGGAUCGCCUGCUGCAAGAAUCUGACUUCGUUGUAGCCUGCUGCUCUAUGAACAAGGACAAUGCUGGAUUGUUCAACAAAACAGCGUUUCGUAAGAUGAAGAAAAGUGCCAUUUUUAUCAAUACGAGUCGCGGGGUGCUGGUAAAUCAGGAAGAUCUGUAUGACGCAUUAAAGUCAGGAACCAUUUUGGCGGCAGGGUUGGAUGUAACAAGCCCGGAACCCCUACCCCGUGAUAAUCCGCUGCACUCCCUCAAAAACUGUGUGAUUACACCCCACAUUGGUAGUGCUACUAUGUACGCUAGGAAUGCAAUGGCGGAGCUAGCAGCAAGAAAUCUUAUAGCAGGCUUGAAAGGAAAUGAGCUACCAUCGCCUGUACCCAGUUAGAAACUAGUCAUUUGAAAAAUAAAAAGUGCACUACGUUUAUAUUCAUUCCGUUCCUUUGAGUAGAUUUACAGAAUAUUAAAAUACUUAACAAAUUUAA